AUGGCGAGGCCCAUCGUAGUUUUAUUGAAGAACACGGAAACGAAGAAAGCAAACAAUUAUUUUAUAGCCGCCCGCCAAUACGAAGAGGUUCGUGCUGAAUCGAAUGGCAAGGCGGAAAUUGUUCGGCUAAUGUUGGCACUAGCACCAAAUAAAUGCGGAAAAAAUAUUUUUCGGGAAGCUAGCGAACAAUGGCAUUAUUCUCGUCAAGGAGAAAAAAUUUUGCUCUUGGAGCGAAGUCGAAAAGAAGAAAAAGAAAAACAGUUAAUUGCGAACCAAGAAAAAAGAAUUAUUCAAGUUGGCAAAAGCCAAACGACAAUUAAAGAAGUUUAUGGCGGAAGCAAAGAAAAUCCUCGGGGGAAAGGAGUCCAAGCCCGCGGAUUAUUAUUUAAAUUAGUUCCGGAAUUUACCUCUGUUCACCCUAGCACUUCUCGGAAAUUUUUUGAAACGGCUCAAAAAUGA